AUGAACAAGGAAGAAGAAUAUACAUCGGAAAGCGAAAACGACGAAGAUUAUUGCAUUGACGGUGAAAAUGUUGACUCGGGAAGCGACGAUGAUAGCGGCAAUAAUGACGCUGAGUCCGAAAACUACGAUUCUGACGAUAAACCUUCCAAAUCCACCAAGAAUCAGAAAAAACAUAUUUCCUCUAAUGUCUAUGAAUCUGAAAGUGCCAUACCUCGCAAAACAAGACAAGGAGACAGGAACAAAAAUGAUCGCAUAAAUAUGGAAAAAGACGAGCUGGAGUCAGAUGAGGAAACAGAUAAAUCGCGUUCCAAUGCGCUCUGGGCUGACUUUUUAAGCGACGUUGGGACAGAGAAACAAAUUCAACAUAAGACGAAAUCUGUGGAGACACCAGUAGAACCCACCGACGACACCAAGAUUUCUUCAAAGAAACUUACCCCAGCAAUUAACCAUCGAGAAGACACUUCUAAAUGUUUAAAUACGAUUUUCGAUGUAGAAAAAAGUAAGGACUCCACCAAUGCAAAGGAAAACCAACAGCAACCUGCAGCCACCAGUUCGAAAUGCUUCCCUCGUGUAUCCAAAAGACCGCAAAUUGGAAGUGGAGUUGGCUCUUUUCUAAAUCAACUGGGGAAAAAAAAGAAACUGUCUGUGCUGGAAAAGUCGCAAAUGGAUUGGAAAACUUUUAAAACAGACGAAGGUAUCAAUGAGCAGCUGAGCACUCACAAUAAAGGCAAGGAUGGUUAUUUAGAACGGCAGGACUUUUUACAGAGAACCGAUUUGCGACAAUUUGAAAUUGAGAAAAACUUACGUCAAACGCGCCGGCAAAACUAA